UCCUCCGUCCCCGGCCAGACAAAGCAGACGCUCAUAAUAACCUUAUCUGCAGUAAUUGGAAUUGAGAGAUUUUUGCUCCUGCCUCCCGUCAGCCCUCCGGGCGCAUGCGCAGUGGGGAGUGUACUGGUCAGCGAGAGAAGCAGCUGUUCGGGGCUGGUGAAAUUCCAACAUGGCAGUGGCUGUGGUCAGUGUUUCCUGCGUUGACUUGGGAUGGUUUCAGCUCGCCUGCAGCCCGUCUUAACCUCGGCGCGACGUCUGUCAGCAGAACUUCUCCUCGGGAUCGAUGCGACCCUGAACCCCCGCGUGAGAGGUCGACCUGUGGCUAAAAAAACAGCACGUCAUGAUCAGCAGCAGCAGCGUCUAUGGCUUAAAGAUGCAGUGGACCCCCGAGCACAGCCAGUGGGCCGAACAGCACUUUGACAUCUCCUCCACCACGCGCUCUCCAGCCCACAAGGCUGAGGCCUACAGGGCAGUCCCCGGGCACCUGCAGCGGUCGGCAGCCUACCAGUACGCCUGGGCUAAUGAUGACAUCUCAGCGCUCACAGCAUCCAACUUGCUUAAGAAGUAUGCAGAGAAGUACUCUGGUAUUCUGGAGAUGCCAGUCUCCUAUCCUGAGGCAUCUGCGGUGCCAGGACUGAUGAACGGACGAAAAGGUGAAUCCGAGCCAUGGCAGGAUGGUGUCUAUCCCAUGAGCUGCAUUCCGGAGGGUGUCUCUGUCAGAAAGGGAGGGGUGGCUGCAGCCCCUGAGGUGGUGGCCGGUAUGUGUAGCUCCCCUGGUCUUGCCUCCAGCACUCUGAGUGAACCCAGUUACUCCAGCAGCAGCUGUGGGAGUCACACUGCCACCGCCCUCCAUUCCUCCUCCAUGGCCUCUCAGGAAUACGGAGCAGCAUAUAGCGGCUCCUACCUGCACAGUAGUUACAGUUCGCAGUCUGCUCCCACCCCAGCACUUCCCUCCCCACUGCACAGCUCGGGUCUUCUGCAGCCACCUCCACCUUCUCACCCCACUUUGGUCCCAGCUUACAACGGAGGCUCCCCCAACUUGUCUAGUUAUAAUUACCCCCCAGCAGGCUACCCAGCUCAGAGCUCAGUCGGGCCAGGAUAUAGCCCUGGGGGAGCCCCCCCUCCGUCGUCAUAUUUGCCCUCAGGCAUUGCUGCACCUACACCUCUUCCCCCAUCUUCCACUUUGCCUGGCUACCCGUACCAGAACCACAACCUGACCCCAAUUGCCCCGACACCGCUCAACAGUAGCUCCUCUAACUCGCUGAAAAGAAAAGCUUUCUACAUGUCAGGCCAAGGAGAAAUGGACUCCUCGUAUGGCAACUUUGGCUACGGCCAAACACGCAGCUCAGCAGAGAGCCCGAUGUACAGGGUAGCAGACAGCAGCAGUGCGAACAGGGGCUCCAACAGUGCCAGCGGUGGAGGAUUUGACAGGAGUGCCGAAAAGUCGUCUUUGUCAUUCAAUCCUCAGAAACAGUCAUCUGUGCCCUCCGAGCAGCAGCAGCAGCAGCAACAGCAAAGGAAGUAUAGCAGCCAGGCAACCAGUGGGCCACUUACUCCUCCAUCAUACGUCUCGUCUAGCCUGGGGGGCUCUCGCUCUGCGGACUCUCUUGCCAGCUUCACGUCACCCUCCCUCAGCGAUCAAGGCACUGAGGAUCACCGUCUCCACCUCUCCCACACAACACCAGGGGCUACCUCCUCCUCAUCCACAUCUUCCUCCCGACAUGCCGAAGAGCAGCUGAAAACUAGUGACCCUCACCUGCUAGACAUGGUUACCUCUGAAAUUGUUCAGCAGGGCCCCCCAGUGGAUUGGAGUGAUAUCGCGGGCUUAGAGCUUGCCAAAGCAACCUUAAAGGAAGAGGUUCUCUGGCCAAUUCUCCGUCCAGACAUGUUCAGCAGUUUAGGACCGGCCCCGCGGUGCGUGCUCUUGUUUGGACCACAGGGUAGUGGAAGGACGUUGCUUGGCCGCUGCCUGGCCAGUCAACUGGGGGCACCCUUCCUGCAGCUAAGUGGAUCCACUUUGGCCACCAAGUGGCUGGCAGAUGGCGAGAAAAUUAUCCGAGGAUCUUUUCUUGUGGCACGCUGUCGGCAGCCGUCCGUGUUAUUCAUAAGUGAGGUAGACAUGUUGCUCUCGGCGCAUCUUACCGACGAAAGUCCCAUCAACCGACUAAAGGGUGAGCUGCUUUCCCAGCUGGACUCUCUUCUAAUGGCUUCUGGGGAGGAAGGGAUCAACCAAGUGUUGGUGGUGUGUUCCACAAGCCGACCGCAGGACAUGGACGAAGGCUUGCGCAGGUACUUCUCGCGAAGAGUCCUUGUGACUUUGCCGGACAGUGCGGCACGACACCAGAUCGUGAACCAGCUUUUGGCCCAAUCGCAACACAAAUACUGCAUGAGCGAAGAGGAGCUUGCUCUUCUGGUCCAACACACUGAGGGCUUUUCUGGUCUUGACCUGGCUAGACUCUGUCAGGAGGCCCUUGUGGGUCUCUUACAUGUAUCUGCACAGGGCAUGGACAUGACUGGAAUGAUGCCCCGGGGACAGAUCCGGCCCCUCACCUACCAGGACUUUGAGGGUGUCUUUUGUAAAUUCCAGCCGAGUAUAUCACAGAAAGAGAUUGACAUGUACACUGAGUGGAACAAAAUGUUUGGCUGUAGCCAGUGAAGAAAUGGAUUCCAAACCAGGAAAUAAAAAAGGUGUCCCAAUUCCCACCCGCCCCCCAACUUGCCCAGGGUAGGAGUGUUGUUGAGUUCCUACUGACAGGGUUUAGAUGCACCACGACACCUGGUUUCAGGAGACAACUGACACGUUUUGCUGUUCAAAAGCAACAUUUGAAUCAAUUUAAAAGUGAUGAUGAUGAAAGUCAGACAUUGUUUACACAUUGCAAGACGGUUCGCUUUGGAAUAGACAGCUGAGUGUCUGUGUACAUAUCACCAUCUUCCUGAGAUUUAUUAUUUGGCUAACCAAGUGCCUGAAGUGGUGCUUUCUUAGUUUCUCCUCCAUUCGCCUCACAAUCUGCAUAAUGUGGCAUGAGCUGAUGAUGAUUAUAAGCUUCCAUCUGCAAGUCUAAAAACAAAGAUGUGCUCUGUGUGGCUGGAUGUGAUUGUCUUGCUCAAAGGCAGGGCAGCAGUAGUCUGGCCCCUUCUUCUUCUCAACCGUACGUCUGAACAGAAAGGUAAAACACACAAGCUCAGGAAUGCUUUGCGAAUUGUACAGUACCUCAAGAAGCACCAAGACCUGAGAGAGAACCGAAGGAAGUUUGACGUCCGUCUGAGCAGUAUUAGUUGUACCCCGAUGAAUGUACUACAGUCGUCGUGUUCCCCAAGUGCGGAACCUGACCACUGCUAAAGUCACCACCUUAUCUCUUCUGAUGUUUUUGUGCCUCAGUGACCCUAAAAUGAGUUCAUUUUGAAGACGGUUAAGUUUUGCUUGCAAGGGUUUGUUCAGCCACAGGACAGAAAUCAAACAUGUAACCAAGACAACACUCCAUGACGCUGUUAAUACACAGACUGGAGGACGACAUUCAUGAAUAUUAAAUUAUUCUUCAACCACAUGGUACCAGGAAAACUUUCCUUAUAUGAGAAGCAUUUUAUUUGUGAUAAAUCAAUAUGUUCAACAUUUAUCAUUUACCCAUGAGGUCAACAUCAACUGCGUACCUUCUUGUCUGCUGAUAAAGAUUUUACCGUGAAGUAUUUGGAAGAAAAUCUGAUCUAGUACAUUACAUUUUCAUGUAAUACAUUUGAAACUCUUCCUUUCUGCUGUUCUACUUUCACACCCCCUGUGUCACAAGGAUUUUUUGAGACAUUGAACCAUGCUAUUGAUUUAAACCUUCAACUCGGUCCUCAAAGUGCCAGAAUGGUGCAGGUUUUUGUUCCAACCCAUCACGUACUCACUGUGUCUGAAGAUGGUAAUCUGUCCAUUGUCAGUCUGGAGCUGCUUGUUUCAGCUCACACCCGAUUUGUUAACUGAUGUUUCCAUAACUGGUUAGAAGAAAACCCCUCCACCUGGCCCUUUGAACUCCUAGUUGAAGACCCCUGAUGUGAGAAUGCCAUGGAUUCCUGUUGGUCCAUCUGAUCUUCAGUGAUCGCUGAACGUUUAGGGAUGAACGGCAAGCUCUGCUAGCUUGGGCACUAGUUAGCAUGUUAGGGUACCAUGCUUUGAGCUUGGUCAUCUUUCACAGAUGUGGAGUAGAGCAACUUCUUCUCUGCACGUCAUCCUCUUAAUUUGUAAUCUGCUGACUUAAAAGGUUGAGUACUGUGGUGUGAUGUGUCUAAGUCUUUAGACCUUUCCUCCACACACGAUUCACUGUUGGAAUGAAUAAGUGGCUUCCACUCUUCUUUAUUCCAGUCAACUGAAUGAAUUCCGAGACAUCUGAGCAGAACUGCACCAGUAUUUGUCAGUAACUGUCAUACUUGGAAAGAUCCCAUGUUGAAAGGUUUGCCAUGGUCAUGUCACGUUGUUGCUCCUUCUCUGUACUAGACAAUGCACUGCGGUUGCAGCUCAAACGUGGUUCGAGGUCGAUAUUACUGUGGGUUUACAUCACAUGACUUCAGUGUGUGUUGCGGGAAAGUGGGUGUCUUCUGGAUGUAUCAGAAGCACAGUGUUUUAUUUUGACUCGAGGACAUUGCUCAACUCGUUUCCCCCCCAUCUUGAAUGUAAGAUUGUCUCUUCUUCAUUGUCCAGGAGGCGGUUUAAGUCUUGCGGUCCAACGUUAGUGUCACUUGUGUUCUUAUGUCAUGGUUACCUCCUCCCGAAUCACUUUUUGUAUUUAUUUGAUGUGGAAGCUGCAACAUGCAGGAAAGCACCUGAGUGUGUGUGUGUGUGUGUCAGUGUGCGUGUGUGUGUGUGUCGGGAGGUUUGGAGGGAUGGGUUCUGCUGAGCCUCAGCAAAAUUGAGGGGAGAAGAAAGACAGCCAGGCGAUGUGGCGGCAGCACAAGGGGGAAAGCAGAGCGGCCCAUCAGAAAGAAACCCACCCUCGAAACAAUCUGCACCAGAAUUCCUUCUGUCAGCAAAGCCUCUGGAGAGAGAGUCCCUUUAGACCGAAAAACCUACUAAUGCACUUCAGAGCACACAACAACAGCACAGGCGUUAUCUCCCCCCCCCCACCUCUGCUUUAUUGCUUUACGAACAAAUGACUUGAAACGCGCCGGUCAACGCUACGCUUGUUUGUGUUCCGUGCUCUUUCUUUUGUGUCUUGAGCUUUUUCUACAUGAUGCUUAAACAAAAAAAAAAAACUUUAAAUAGAACACCACUGUUCUUUAAAGUAUUUCUACCUCAUGGCUACAAAAAAAAAAAACAACUUGUGGUGUUUGAUUUCUUUUUAUCUUUUUCUUUUUUCAAAUGUCCAACAUCCAUGGCGAGGGCAACAGCAUGGAGGAGUCGUUGUAAAAUAUGAGGCGAGGGAAUAACACCGUGUAGUUUUUCUCGGUCUACCUCAGAUGACUGUACUGAGACCUGACGGACGCCGCACUGACCAGUGUGUCCAUCUCAGUGUGUUGGGACAAGCCGAACAACCUUCACACCUGCUACUCAUGACACUGACAUGGGGGGGAAAGUCACAAGCGAUUUGUGAGGGAAAUGUGGGUCAUUCUGACCGGAAAUGUAUAAUCCAAAACAUUUGCUUUAAUCUUUUGUGAACUACUGUGGUCGUGUGAAUGUGUAUAUAUGUGGGCACACUCUCCUCCUCCUCCUUUUUUUAUUUAGUGUGUUAAAUUUUAUAAAUUGUUAGUAUAUAUAACACACUUGCACAACUUUAAUCUCGAGUGUAAUGUGUUUCUGUUGUACAUAGCUAUACAUACAAUACAAAUGCACCACUUGUUUAUAUGUGUGAAUAUGUUGCCAUACUUGCAGUCAAUGUAUUUUCAUGUAAUCUGAGGUACGAGCCGCAACAUAUGAUUCAUUAAAGACAUUUUCUUGGGACUCGUGGAUGUUUUAUUGUGGUGUGAACGGUGGAGAGG